AUGAAAUCGACCCACCGCGCAGCCCUCAUCCGGCGGCUCCCACACGAGCCGACAGCGCCCGUCGCAGCCGCUGCCCCUCCUCAAACCCCCUCCCUCCCCUUCCCCCCUUCCUUCCUAUUCUGUUUGCUUCGAAAAAAAAACGACGAUCAUGAUGCGUUUUGUAAGCCGGGGUGGGUGGGCGGUUCCGCCAGCACCAAAGUCGCGCAAUCGCCAGAUCGGCAACGAGUCAACCCAACCCUUCUACCCACAGACCUCUCUCUCCACUCUUAUGCCAAGCCCCCCACUGACUCAAUGCACACACGCAGAAUGUACGAACGAGUCGAGCGGCGUGUAUCGAUGGGAGUGGUCGGUGUGUGGACCAGAGCGAGCGUGAUUGCUACCGGUGGGGUUAUUCAGGACGAGAGCAACAGCGUAAAAAAAUGUGGGUAUGUGGUUAGUCCUUUCGUCUAA